AUGGGUGACAACCAAAAAGAUAUCAUGGAUACAUCCGAAGACAACCAAAAAGAAAUCAUGGAUACAUCCGAUCUCGGUGCUUCUCUUCAAGUCGCUCUAGCUGCUCUUAAUGAAAAUGAUCGAGUAAAUCUUGUUAGUGCCUUAAAGGUGAAACUUCAAUAUUUUGAUGGUCAGAAAUCUGAGAUUCUCGAGUCAUUGACCCCGAUGGUUCGAAAGCGUGUUGAAUUUCUCAUAGAGCUACAGACACAACAUAAUGAAUUGGAGGCAAAGUUUGACGAGGAAAAAGCCGCCUUAGAACUCAAAUACCAGAAGCUUUAUGAACCACUUUACGCAAAGAGGUAUGAUAUUGUGAAUGGAGUUACUGAAGUUGAUGGUGUAAAAAAUGAGGCAACAGUGGAUCAAAAAGGAGAUAAAGAGACAGAAGAGAAAGGUGUGCCAAAUUUUUGGUCCAUAUCAAUGAAAACACAUGAUUUGUUGUCUGAAGAGAUAAAAGUGCGCGAUGAAGAAGCUCUCAACUAUCUUAAAGACAUUAAGUUGUGUAUGAUGGAUGAUCCCAAUGAUUUCAAGCUUGAGUUCUUCUUUGAUACUAAUCCUUUCUUUAAGAAUGAAGUUCUAACAAAAACUUAUCAGAUUGGUGAUAAACCAAUGAUGGGAAAGACUAUUGGGACGGAGAUCGAAUGGUUUCCAGGAAAAUGUUUGACACAGAAGAUAGUUAAAAGAAAGCCGAAGAAAGGAUCAAAUGAAAAACCAUUAACAGUGAAAACAAAGAACUGUCAGAGUUUCUUUAAGUUCUUCAAUCCUCCUCAGUUUCCUGAUUUGCAGAGUCUUGAUAUGGAAAAGGCUGAAGAAAUUCAUUACCAAAUGGAAUUAGACUAUGAUGUUGGUUUAAUCAUCCGCGAUAAGAUUAUUCCUCAUGCAGUAUCAUGGUUUACUGGAGAGGCUGAGCAGGAUGUUGAGUUUGAUUUUAAUAGUGAUGAGGAUGAGGAUGAUCGUGUUCAUGAUCAUGAUGAUGAUGACGACGAAGAUGAAGAUGACGACAAAGAUGAUAAUGAUGAAGAAGAAGAGGCCAUGGGGGAGAAUAAGAAGUGA